AAGCGCGGGCUGAUGAUAAAACUGUAAUUUCCCUGCAGUGCAUGCACUAUAUAUACUAUAUUAUAUGAGCUCAGAUCGAGCUGAGUGAUAUAAUAUUAUAUCUACAUGUGAGCCACCACAGAAUCACCACAACAAGAUAUCUGACUGUGGAAAUGAAGACUGCUGUGCACGUCCAGAGUGUAUUACACCUGCUGAUCCUAUGCCUUCUUAUAGUUGAAGGUAUAACACCUUUUGUGUCUCUCACAGUUGAUGGAGGAGGGAGUCUGGUUGGUGAACAAUGUCCAGGAAAAGUCAAACUCUUCUGUAAGGGUGUAGAUCUCUCUAUUUUAAGAUGGAGAUAUAAUGGUGGAAAUGAAAUCUACUCAUCAACCACUGACUUGCCAAUGAUCUCAAUUCUGUCUAGUCCUGCUUUUGUGUCCGUAGAGUUAAUUAAUGUCACACAAACUCCAAAUGAUCCAAGAUUCGGACAGUUUACUUCAGUUCUAAUCGUGGAUAUUGCUCAACUUCAAGCUCAAAAUAUAGCAAGUAUCAAUUGUGGGGACCCUUUAACAAUUGAUUCCAAACCAGUUAACGUGAUUACUCUCCAACCGUCUGUUCCCACUAGUCCCACGAUAACUGCUGUGACUGCUACCUAUAAGUUUGGCCUUUUGAUGACCCUUGAAGUAUCAUGGAUGGAGUUGGAAGAAGUUUGCCUGGAAUUCAAGGCCUCGUUUGUAUACAUGCUGAAUCUAACUAGUCAACUAUUACCACCCACUGUCAUUGUGGUUGACCGAAUUAGUUGCAGAGGCGGAAUGUGCGUUGGACUAUUUUCAAAUAUUUCAGAGAAUGUAGAGGAGUACAUUCUGUCACUGAGUGCUGGAAAUGACAUGGGAUUAAGCGAAGACUCUACAUAUCAAAACACAAUACAGCAACAAAGUGAUCAAUACUUCACUCCUGAAAUCUUGAAUUCUACAAGCUGCGAAAUAUUUGUUCGAUGUGUGUCAACAGAUACAAGUCUAAACAAUGCUACAUGUUCUGUGUUAUAUGGUAUGAAUGCCAGCACUGUCACUUUUCUACUUAACACAAACACAAAAUUACGUGUUUUAAAUGAACUUCAGUCAGCUGUAGUGUCACACUUAUUCGUUUUCUCGUUGAUGGUUGAUCACAUUUUAAGAAUAAAUGUCAUCAAAGAGACGAGUAUUUCAGGUACCUGUGAGAGAAAAACGAAUGACGCUGAUAUCGAUACAAUAUUUGUCGUCCUUUUCACAUCAAUUAUUGUUGUGGUGUUGAUGACGGUGUCAAUUAUUAUAAUGUGCCUUUUUGUUGUUGGAAUUAAGCACUGUAACAAAAGUCAGAAGCCUAAAGAAGAGUAUCCAGUGUCAAAAAAUAAUGACAAUUAAGGUAUCAUGAUAACCAAUAAAUAACUAUGUGAUUCAUGCUCAAAUGUGUUUUAUAGUUAAAGUUAUAGUUAUACUAUGGUUGCUAGGGAUUUAUGGUAGUAAACCCACCAAGCACGAGUGCGGAGCCCGAGGGCGAGGUGUGGUUUACGUUGCCAUAAAUCCCUAGCAACCAUAGUAUGAGUGUUACAUAUCCUAUGUGAUUGGCUAGCUAUAAUUGCGCAUUUACUCCUCUACCAUUGUAACUCACGUUCAAACUAUCAGAAAGCAAAAAGAAAGCAUUGAGAAGAAGCUUGCUCUGUCAAUAGCUAGCUAGCUACAGGUACUAUUGCUUACCGUUCGACACCAGAGUUCUUGCUAGUCGAGCGCCGCCGCCCUCCUUGAAGGAGGUCGGGAAUCAAGCCUAUCCACAGUUUUGUUCUGGCCUGUUACGCAAUAGUAUCAUGAAUAUCAUUCAUUCUAUGUGGGUGCUAACCAAUAGCGAUGAAUAUCAUUUAUUAAAGUGGGUGUUGGCCACGCUUCUCAGUCAAUCCAACGUGUGCAAAAUUCACACGUGGUACAGUUGAGUGGGUGUGAUCAAUCCCCUUGAGAUACUGCAAUCUGAUUGGAGCUGGUGGAAUUGUUGGAUUUCCAACAACAGAACAAAACUGUGGAUAGGCUUGAUUCCCGACCUCCUUCCGGGCAACGGUAGAGGGUGGCGGCGCCCGACUAAGUUCUUGCCACGCUGUCAGCUAACACUCUGAGCCCCGCCCUGACUCCUCCUCCAUGACUAAAGCCUCACAAACUGCUAAAGCCACCCAUACCCACAGAGCUAGAGCCAGACAGUGCGCAGUGCAGUGCAUACAGUGCCAAGGCGCAGGCAGAGUGGUGCCAAGGCUCUCAGGCUCCACUAGCACUUGGACUGCACUAGCUCUCUAGUUUGAGAAUCUCUUAUCAAGUGCCUCACUAUCAUCCAAACAUGUCUGGGGAAAUAUCAGAGGGAAUUAUCCUAGUUAUCCCCUGGCAUGACCAUAUCCUAGCAACCGCAUGAAAACAGGAUAUAAUAAUAUUAUAACAAAACCCCACAAGCACCUGAGUGCUUACUGCUAUAUAGCUUUCUCCCCUGCAUGAUGAUAAUUUUUCAUCAGUAAAAUACCGAGAGGUAAAAAUUAAAGUGCAAGUGAAGGCUGUUGCUCUGGCAGUACAUUUUCUUUGCGUUUGUAGCUCCCAAAUAGCUAGUACUUUUAUGCAAGGGCUAACUCAUACAAAACUUUAUGUCGGUGAACUGAUUCUACAACAAUUCUGAACGCAACA